AUGGCUCCAUUGGAAGUGAAUAAAGAAGCUAAUAACGACAAUCCAAAACAAGUUAUAGAUACAAAAAACGAUGAAACUGAGAGAAACGGGAAUGACAAAUCCUUUUCGUCGAAACUUCGUUUCAUAUGUUCACAAAUUAGGCAAAUGAAAAUAGAAGUAAUUAUGUUUAUCUAUAUGUUUUCAUAUAUUAUGAGAUCUGUCUCCUCCACUACGAUGAUAAUGGAUAAAGUAUGCCUGGUGCACUUGAGCCUUCCACCUGCUAUAUGUUCCAAUUUGUCAGGGAAUCCUGAAAUUAAAAAUCAAGUCGUGAAGCUGGCGAACAAUUACCAACUUGGUCACAGUCUUAUUACUAUGCUUCCAUCGUCACUGUUAGCUGUAUUUAUUGGUUCUUGGAGUGAUAAGUAUGGUAGAAAAAUACCGAUUGCUGUAGCACUAAUUGGAAUCAUCAUCGAUGGAUUAGGAUCAACCGUCUGUGCCGCUUUUUUAUACAGUAGGGUGGAAUUUUAUUACAUUCCUGCUUUAUUUGCCGGAUUUUCAGGAGGAUUCAUAGGUGUGCUCACAGUGUUGUUCAGUUACACAGCUGAUAUCAGUACAUUUAAGAACAGAACAAUGAAAUUUGCAUUGCUUGAAGUAGCGUUUGGAACAGCUAUGCCUUUGGGUUCUCUCACGGGAGGAUGGCUUUUUAAGUUCUUUGGAUAUGUUCCAGUGUUUCUUUUAUCUACCAUAGGACAUAUACUAGGACUAUUCUGGGUCAUUCUUGUGUUAAAAGAGACAAGAGGUUUGGACAACAAAGACAGUUGGAAGACUAAGCUUCGCAGUUUAUGGUCCACAAAAUCCGUGAUUGAAAGUUUUCGAGCAACUAUCAAACCUCGCCCUAACAAAGGAAGAAAGCAGAUUUUACUGCUGAUUUUAGUUAUGAGUAUAGCCGUUUUAACGUAUGCCUCUACUCCCGGAAUAAACUUUUUAUAUGUUCACCAACGCUACAAUUGGGACAACACAACUUACUCCACAGUGUCUGCCGUUUUCUCUGUAGUUGGAACUCUUACCAUGCUUAUCAGUGUGCCCAUUUUCAAGAAAUUGAAAUUUGGAGAUCCAACUUUGGGAAUUGUUGGAUCAGUCUCACUAAUGUGCAAAAAUGUUGGAAUUGGUUUAGCUUCCAGCGAGUUAUUUUAUUUCAUUGCAAAUUUUACAGGACUUCUAACAGGCUUAGUGACACUGUCAGGACGUGCGAGAAUAUCAAAAGUGUCAUCCAAAAAUGACAUAGGAAAAAUAUUUUCUUUUCUCUCAAGUGCCGAAUCCCUCGUUCCUAUACUUUCUCAAGCCGUAGUUUCUCAAGUCUUCAAUGCAUCUUUAGAAGUAUUUCCUGGACUGGUGUACAUAGUUCUUGGAAGCUUUAUAAUUGUGCCUUUUGGAGUUUUUAUAUGGAUGUCACGCCUCCCAGCAGCAGCAUAUUAUGAAGGUGAAGAUAACACUCCACCAAAAGAUGCUGACAAUGAAAACGAUAUUCAAAUGAGCGAUAAUAUGGGCGAGACAACUCACAUUUAA